AUGCCUCAAAGUUAUGAAGUUAUUAUUGAUGUAGAUGAAUCAUCUAAUAACACAGACUUAAACUUUGAUUUGGAAUUUCAAAAUUUUCGGAUAAAUGAAAACAUUUCUAACAUACAAGAAAAUAGAUUUAAUACAGAUAUAUAUCAAAACGUUUUUGCAGAGAAACAAACCAUUUGGUCAAUAGAAUUCUAUUCAAGAUUCUUUAAUAUAAAUACAGAUCAAGUAGUUCAAAGAUCCAUAUAUGCUUUAUUUCCUGUAAAUAGUUUCAUAGACCUAAUACAUGAAAGCUCGGAUUUUUAUGGGCCAUUUUGGAUUAUUACAACUGUUAUUUUUAUGAUUUUUUUUUCAUCAACUAUGUCUGAACGAAUUAAAGCACAUUUAUCUAACGUAUCUUAUAAUUAUAAUUUUUCAACACUUACAAAAGCAUGUUAUAUUAUCUAUGGGUACAAUAUAAUUGUUCCAAUAUGUUCAUGGGGCUUAUUAAUGUAUUAUCAAUGCAAACCGAAACUCGAUGAAUAUAUUUGUCUUUAUGGCUAUUCUAUGACUAUAUGGAUUCCUAUGAUGAUUAUAAAUAUCUCUCCCUUUGAAAUAUUUCACCUUUAUUUUUUUUCUAAUAUAAUACGUUGGAUCUCUACUCUAAUUGGAUUUGGGGUAUCUGGUUUAUUUCUUUUAAAGGAACUAAGAUCCAUAAUGGAUCAUGUAGACUCAAGAAUAAGAAAUCUUAUUUUAUCAUUCAUACUUUUGCUUCAUGCUAUUUUAAGCAUAGCUUUUAGAAUCCUUUUUUUUGCAUAA